CAGGCGCUAGCUGACACUGACAGGCACACUGCAGCAGGCGGCUAGCAUUUAGCAUCAGUUUCAUUCAUCCACCCUAACUACUGCAAACAUGCAGGAAUGGGCCAAUCAACUAUGCGAGAAUCGACAGUUUGGAUCCAAGAUGACGGACUCCAAGUAUUUCACCACUACCAAGAAAGGGGAGAUCUUUGAGCUCAAGGCGGAGCUAAACAGUGAUAAGAAAGAGAAGAAGAAGGAGGCUGUAAAGAAGGUCAUCGCAUCUAUGACAGUGGGAAAGGAUGUCAGUGCACUGUUUCCAGAUGUUGUGAACUGCAUGCAGACAGACAAUCUGGAGCUGAAAAAGCUGGUCUAUCUCUACCUGAUGAACUACGCCAAGAGUCAGCCCGACAUGGCUAUCAUGGCAGUUAACACCUUUGUGAAGGACUGUGAAGACCCCAACCCUCUCAUCCGGGCCCUUGCCGUUCGCACCAUGGGCUGCAUUCGUGUGGACAAGAUCACUGAGUACCUCUGUGAGCCACUGAGAAAAUGUCUGAAGGACGAAGACCCUUAUGUGAGGAAGACAGCUGCUGUGUGUGUGGCAAAGCUCCAUGACAUCAACGCCCAGCUGGUGGAGGACCAAGGCUUCCUAGACACCCUGAAAGAUCUCAUCUCUGACUCCAAUCCUAUGGUUGUAGCAAACGCAGUGGCAGCCCUGUCUGAGAUAGCAGAAUCUCAUCCGAACAGUAACCUACUGGACCUGAACCCUCAGACUAUAAACAAGUUGCUGACAGCUCUUAAUGAGUGUACAGAGUGGGGACAGAUAUUCAUUCUUGACUGUCUGGCCAAUUACACACCUCGUGAUGACCGUGAGUCCCAAAGCAUCUGUGAGCGUGUGACCCCGCGGCUCUCCCAUGCCAACUCUGCAGUGGUGUUGUCAGCAGUUAAAGUUUUAAUGAAGUUCAUGGAAAUGCUGCCCAAAGACCUGGACUAUUAUGGCACCCUGCUGAAGAAGCUGGCCCCUCCACUGGUCACUCUGCUCUCUGCUGAGCCCGAGUUGCAAUAUGUGGCACUUAGAAACAUCAACCUCAUCGUCCAGAGACGCCCAGAGAUCCUGAAGCACGAAAUGAAGGUUUUCUUUGUGAAGUACAACGACCCGAUCUAUGUCAAACUGGAGAAGCUGGACAUCAUGAUUCGCCUGGCAUCUCAAGCCAACAUUGCCCAGGUGCUGGCUGAGUUGAAGGAAUAUGCCACUGAGGUGGACGUGGACUUUGUGCGUAAGGCGGUCAGAGCCAUUGGCCGCUGUGCCAUCAAAGUAGAGCAAUCAGCAGAGCGCUGUGUCAGCACCCUGCUGGACCUCAUCCAGACCAAGGUCAACUAUGUGGUGCAGGAAGCCAUUGUGGUCAUCAAGGACAUCUUCCGCAAGUACCCCAACAAAUAUGAAAGUGUGAUUGCCACUCUGUGUGAAAACCUGGACUCUCUGGACGAGCCAGAGGCCCGUGCUGCCAUGAUCUGGAUUGUGGGAGAGUAUGCAGAGCGCAUUGACAAUGCUGAUGAGCUGCUGGAGAGCUUUUUGGAGGGUUUCCACGACGAAAGUACUCAGGUGCAGCUGCAGCUACUGACAGCUAUCGUCAAGUUGUUCCUGAAAAAGCCUACAGAGACACAGGAGCUGGUGCAGCAGGUGCUAAGCCUUGCCACACAGGACUCCGAUAACCCAGACCUCAGGGACCGAGGCUACAUCUACUGGCGUCUGCUCUCCACAGACCCUGUGGCUGCCAAGGAGGUGGUUCUGGCUGAGAAGCCCCUGAUCUCAGAGGAGACCGAUUUGAUUGAGCCCACACUGCUGGAGGAGCUUAUCUGCCACAUUGGUACUCUGGCCUCUGUCUACCACAAGCCUCCCAGUGCCUUUGUCGAGGGCAGCCGCGGUGUUCAGCACAAGAGACUCCCUGGCAGUGCUGGAUCUGGGGAGAGCGUUGAGAGCCCAGACACUGGUUCUGCUGCUGGAGUGUCUGAUGCACCCCCCGCUGUCAUCCCGUCCCAGGGAGACCUUCUCGGGGAUCUUCUCAAUCUGGACCUGGCACCUCCAGCCACCACCACUGGACCACCGCCACCAACCUCCUCUGGGAUGCAGAUGGGUGCUAUGGACCUCCUUGGAGGAGGAUUGGACAGCCUGAUGGGGGAUGAGUCUGAGCCGCUUGGUGGAGACCUAGGAGGAAGUCCCGCUAUGGGGGCUGGUUUUGGUGCUCCCCCUGCAGGAAUGCCGGCCUCUUUCAAUGCCCCUGUUAGCGGCGGUCUGGAUGACUUGUUUGAUCUGGGAGGUGGAGUUGGAAUGCCUUCGGGAGCCUACAGCCCCCCAAAAUCAAUUUGGCUUCCGGCAAUGAAGGCUAAGGGUCUUGAGAUAUCAGGCACUUUUGCCCGCCGUGCUGGGGUCGUCCAAAUGGAGAUGACCCUCACUAAUAAGGCUAUGAGUGUCAUGACUGAUUUUGCCAUCCAGUUUAACAGAAACAGCUUUGGACUUGCUCCAGCCGGACCACUCCAGGUUCUGACUCCUGUUAGCCCGAACCAGAGUAUUGAAGUGGCCCUUCCCCUCAACACUGUGGGACCUGUCAUGAAGAUGGAGCCUCUCAAUAACCUGCAGGUGGCUGUUAAGAACAACAUUGACGUCUUCUACUUCAGCUGCCAGUACCCCAUCAGCAUGUUGUUUGUGGAGGACGGGAAGAUGGAACGACAAGUUUUCCUGGCCACAUGGAAAGACAUUCCUAAUGACAAUGAGUCCCAGUUUCAGAUCAAAGACUGCCAUCUCAGCUCAGAUGCAGCCUCCAGCAAACUGCAGGGUAGCAACAUCUUCACCAUAGCUAAGCGUACAGUGGACGGUCAGGAUAUGCUGUAUCAGUCCACGAAACUCACCAAUGGCAUCUGGGUGCUGGCUGAGCUGAGGGUGCAGGCAGGAAAUCCAAAUUACACAGUCUCUCUGAAGUGCAGAGCUCCAGAGGUUGCCCAGUGUGUGUUCCAGAGCUACGAGGCGGUGCUGAAGAACUGAGCAGACACCGGUACAGCCAGCCAGCCGCUGCCCUCCAGACUCCUCUCGCUCUUUCUCUCCCGGCCCACGAACCAUAUCAUGCAGUGCAGGAGCCACUUCCGGCUUCAUUUGACCUGGAGACUGCAGUCUGAAUGUCAUCCAGCCUAUUCAUUAGGAUGGCUGAUAGUCUGUUGUUACGAUUUUUUUUGUUUGUUUGUGUUUUUUUUUUUAUUGUUAUUUUAAUUUCUCCCACACUGAGAUUUCUACUUGGCUCUCUUGGCUGGGCUUUUCCUGUCCCCUCUUUGUGUGCUUGUUGCCACCACAUGUUUCAGUUCCAGGACCUUAUCUCCAGCUAGAUUAUCUGAGCAGGUCCUCUCUGUCUGAGCCAUCCUGUGACAUCCUUUGCUCUCGUGGGGACAGGCGGCUUUACGACUUCUACCAUCCUGAUUGUUUCUCUGCAUGAGGCUCUUUAAUCAUUUUCCAGCCCCAUUUCUCUGUAAAUUGGAGCCUAUUUUUAGCAUCUGCAAUCAGCAGGUGAAUCAUCACUUUCAGCGUAUUUAUUUGGGGGGUAAUUUCAAUUAGGAUGCGGUGAGGAAUAAAAGGCUUUAACUCUCCUUAUGCUCCACCUGUGUGAAGGGGAUGACAGCUGUGUGGGCCUUAAAAGAGUCAUACAAACUACACUAUUGUUGUCUUUGUCAUUUUCUAGAGUUUUCUUUCGUAUCUGUGGUUAGCAGUGGGAUCAGAUCCUCUACUGUCCCUGAAGGCAGAAUGUCUGAUGUGUGCAUGGAAACUCUGUCGGUGUGUGUUUCUUUAGUUUUUACAUCGGUAUCUUGACAUUUUAUAGACUAGCAGCGGUCGUCCACUGACUGCUCUCUUACUAAGUCAUUCCACAGUUUAAUUUUGUGUUCGUAGUCUUGUCAGUGUACAUGUGCAGAAGUGGGUGAGAGCCUCAGGCGGUGAGGAUUUUUAUAUUUGCUGCUUCCCCGUGCGUCAGCGACAGCCACUUGGGGCUUUCUGCCACUUUGCUCUCUCAGCAUCCUCCUCUCCAGCUCCGUGACCACCUGAGAUGAAGGCUCAGGUGAGAUAGGCUCACCGUCACGGGUUGUAACACCUCUGAGUAAUAAGUGUGGAUGCUGGUAGCUCAGUGUUUCAGCCCAAACCAGGCUGCAGCAGCAGCAUCCAGUCUCCCUGUUUUACCCACAGACUCUGCAGAUUAAUUGGAUCCCUUUUCCGAGUCAUUACACUGAAGCCCUUUUUAUCGGCUCUACAGGACGGAUGCACUAACACCUUUUGCAGAUUACAACAGACGAGGAGGCUGUGUAUUCCGAGUGUGUGUCUUUGUGUGUCGUGACAGCUGAUUCAUAUGAAAUGCUGUACAAAAAAAAGAAGAAUCAAAUCUUUAAUCAGAUGUUUUUGAUCAACAUCAUUUUGUUGUGUGUACAUCAUUUGAAAAAGAACUAUUAAAAGACUUGAUAAAUUCA